CAAUGAAAAUAAUGAAGAUUUGGCUUAAUUUUUCUUCCAUCUUUGUAAGGCAGGGGGGUAUGAAUUUUGUUUCUUUUGUUAAUAAAGGUGGCGUUGUUGAUGCUUCCGAUGUAGGAAAACGUCGCUUCUACAUAACAUGUUGUGGCAGUCGAAUUUAAAGCAUGUGAUCCUGCCUUCAUUGUAGAUAAUACAAAGCUGCGAAAAUGGCGGACGAACAGGAAGUACGGCAGCUGGAGUUGCUAUGCAAGCAGUUGUAUGAAUCACAAGAUUCUACACAUCGUGCAGAGGCUGAAAAAGCACUUGUUGCUUUUCAAAAUACUCCAGAUACUCUUACAAAAUGUCAGCUUCUACUUGAUCGAGGAGAUUCUCCAUAUGCUCAAUUAUUGGCAGCUACCACUUUAACAAAAUUGGCUUCCCGUUCAUCAGGACUUAGUUUACGACAGAGGCUUGACAUACGAAAUUACAUUCUCAAUUAUUUAGCAACUCAGCCAAAGUUACCAAACUUUGUAAUACAAGCUCUGGUUACACUGUUUGCCAGGAUAUCAAAGUUUGGGUGGUUUGAUAUUGAUAAAGAAAGAAAUGUGGUCAGUGAUGUAACAAAGUUUCUUCAGGGAUCGGUAGAACAUUGUAUGAUAGGAGUCCAAUUACUUUCUCAAUUAACGUGUGAAAUGAAUCAAGUGUCGGAUGCAGAUGCAACCAGAUCUAUUACAAAACAUAGAAAAAUUGCUAGCCACUUCAGAGAUACACAACUUUUUGAAAUAUUUAGGUUAUCAUAUACUUUAUUAAGUACAGCUCGAGAAAAUUGUAAAAACUUAAAUUUUAAUGAUGAAGCACAGCAUGGUCUGAUCAGACAACUUUUAAAACUAGCACAAAAUUGUUUGACAUUUGACUUUAUUGGGACUUCAACAGAUGAAAGUUCUGAUGAUCUUAGUACAGUACAAAUUCCGACCUGUUGGAGACCUGUAUUUUUGGAUUUUACAUCACUGAAACUUUUCUUUGAUUUAUAUCAUAGUUUACCUAACUCACUGUCAUCUUUGGCUCUUUCAUGUUUGGUCCAAAUAGCAUCUGUUAGAAGGAGUUUAUUUUCAAAUCCAGAAAGGGCACAAUUUUUAACACACUUAGUUAGUGGUAUAAAACACAUACUACAAAACCCUCAAGGUCUCAGUGAUCCUGAAAAUUACCAUGAAUUUUGUAGACUAUUAUCAAGGCUAAAGAGCAAUUUUCAGCUUGGGGAAUUGGUCUUAGUCAAAGACUACCCAGAAGCUAUACAAUUAAUUGCAAAAUUUACAAUCCAAAGUUUACAGAUGUGGCAGUUUGCACCAAACAGUUUACAUUAUUUACUAACAUUGUGGCAAAGAAUGGUAUCAUCCAUGCCAUAUGUAAAAGCAGGUGAUCCACACCUGUUAAAUACAUAUACUCCAGAAAUUGUAAAUGCAUAUAUUACUUCAAGACUUGAAUCAGUUGCAAUAGUAGUCAGAGAGGGUUUAGAAGACCCACUUGAUGAUUUAGGAAUAGUUCAUCAGCAAUUGGAGCAAAUAUCUGUAAUUGUAAGGUGUGAAUAUCAAAAGACAUGUACUUUAUUAGUACAACUUUUUGAUCAGGCUGCUAGGACAUACCAAGAAUUAAUGACACAAACAGCAUCUCCAACACAACGAAUGGAUAUCACUAUACAAGAGGGUCAACUCACUUGGCUUGUAUAUAUCAUAGGUGGUGUUAUUGGUGGAAAAGUAACAUUUAACAGCAAUGAAGAGUAUGAUGCAAUGGAUGGUGAAUUAGUUUGCAGAGUACUCCAAUUGAUGAAUUUGACUGAUUCAAGACUUGCACAAGGUGGCUGUGAGAAAUUGGAAUUAGCAAUGUUGAGCUUCUUUGAACAAUUUCGUAAAGUAUAUGUAGGUGAUCAAGUUCAAAAAAAUUCUAAAGUAUAUAGAAGACUGUCAGAUGUUUUAGGAGUUAAUGACGAAUCCAUGGUACUUGGUAUUCUUAUCCGGAAAAUAAUAACAAAUUUGAAGUAUUGGGGUCGCAGUAAACAAAUUAUUUCAAAAACAUUACAAUUAUUAAAUGAUUUAUCUGUAGGAUAUAGUUGUGUCCGUAAACUUGUAAAAUUAGAGGAAGUACAAUUUAUGCUCAAUAAUCACACAAGAGAGCAUUUUCCAUUUUUGGGAAACAAUGUUGCUGUAACAGAAAUGCGUUGUAGAUCAAUGUUUUACACAUCCUUGGGUAGAUUAUUGAUGGUAGAUCUAGGAGAAGAUGAGGAAAGGUUUCAUACAUUUAUGUUACCUUUAACAAAUGCAUUUGAAAGUUUAGGACAGUUAAUUGGGCCAGCUGACCCUUCACUUUUUACAGCAGAGGAAGCAAAAAAGGCAUUGAUCGGUUUAGCAAGAGAUCUAAGAGGUUUAGCUUAUGCAUUCAACACAAAAACAUCUUAUAUGAUGCUCUUUGAUUGGAUUUAUCCUAAUUAUACACCGAUUUUAUUACAUGCUGUGGAAUUGUGGCAUUAUGAGCCGCAAGUUACUACACCCGUCCUAAAAUUAUUUGCCGAAUUAGUACAAAAUAGGAGUCAACGAUUACAGUUUGAUGCAUCUUCUCCAAAUGGAAUUUUAUUAUUUCGUGAAGCUAGUAAAGUGAUAUGUAGUUAUGGUAAUCGUAUAUUAAACGUUGAAGUUCCAAAGGAUCAAAUAUACCCCUUAAAGCUUAAAGGAAUAAGUAUAUGCUUCAGUAUGUUAAAAGCAGCUUUAUGUGGAAGUUACGUAAAUUUUGGUGUGUUCAGAUUAUAUGGUGACGAGGCAUUAGAUAAUGCACUCAACACAUUUGUAAAAUUACUUCUUAGUAUACCACAAAGUGAUUUAUUGGAUUAUCCGAAAUUAUCUACAACAUAUUUUGUGUUACUCGAGUGUUUAGCUCAAGAUCACAUGGUGUUCCUUUCUACUUUGGAACCAAGAGUAUUCUUAUACAUUCUAUCAAGCAUCAGUGAAGGCCUUACAGCACUAGGUGCGCAAAAAGACUACUAUACAGAUACAAUGGUCUGUACUGGUUGUUGCGCAACACUUGAUCAUAUUGUGACUUACAUAUUUAAACAAUUAUAUCAAAAAGGGGGUUACCCGGGCAGGAAAAAUACUGUAGUUCCAGGAGGUGGAGACUUAUUCUUACAAGUUUUAAAGCAACACCCUGAAAUUCUUCAACAAAUGUUAAGUACUGUUUUAAAUGUGAUAAUGUUUGAAGAUUGUAGAAAUCAGUGGAGUAUGUCACGUCCUCUUUUGGGAUUAAUUCUUUUAAAUGAAGAAUAUUUUAAUCAGUUACGAGAAAAUAUUAUUAGAAGUCAACCAGUUGAUAAACAAACAACAAUGGCACACUGGUUUGAACAUUUAAUGGAAGGAAUCGAAAGAAACUUACUCACAAAAAAUAGAGAUAGGUUUACACAAAAUUUAUCAUUGUUUAGAAGAGAUAUAAAUGAUAUUUUAAAAGGACCUAAUACAACUUCAAAUCCUAUCGGUGAUAUGAUGACCUUAACCUUCAAUUAGAUUCUCCUAGGUUCUUGCCUGCCAAAUGCUUGAAUGUGUGUGCGAGUGAAUUAUAAAUUAUGGUGGAAUUAAAAUUGAUUUUAGCUGAGUAUAAAGAUAAUAAAUUACAUACUGUUAUUUUACAAAAGCAUUAUUGUUUGGCUUCCUAUUCUUUUAUACUUUUAACUUUUGUUUUUUCAAUUUUGUUGAAUAUAAUUGUUUCCAAAUUUAAGAUAUUGAAACCUAUAUAUAAAGUGUAUACAAUUCAUUCUAAAAAUUCGUAAACAAAACAGACUAAAUCCUUCUUAUUACCUUUAUACUCCAGUUGCUUUGAUUUAAUAUAAUAUUGGAACAUAAAUAUUCGUACACAUAUAUUUUAAGUAUAAAAAUUCAUUGGUAAUAAAUAUAUUAAAUUUCAUAAAUCAACGAUUAUCAAGCAACUUUGUAUGGAUAAAAAAUUGGAUUUAUUUCAAUUGCCUUUUGUAAAUGUUUAUAAUGUUAUCAAUUUAAGAUUACAAUAUUUUUAUCUUAUGUUGAUAUUAAAGCAUGUAUUUCGGACAUGAAUGAUUUGUUUCAUACUAUAAUAUAGUAAAAAUUUAAGUUUCAGUAAAAAGAAUUAUCUUUUUCGACAUAUUAUUCAAUAUAUAUAUACAUAUAUAUAUAUAUAUAUAUAUAUAUAUAUAUAUAUAUAUAUACAUCCACAUUUUAUUUUAAACAAACAACAAACUAUUAUUUUGAUUGCUAAAUAAUAUGUUAAAGAUACAGUGUAGAAUAGGAAGCCAACUUCAUAAACUAUUAUCGUAGUUUUUAUUCCAUUAUUUUUACACGCAACCGACUUCCAUUUAUAUGUUAAAAUGUUUGAUUAUCAACAUUUUUUAUUGUAACAUAAAUUAUAAUUUUAAGGUUGUUUUAUCAAAUUAAAAAAAAUUGAUGAGGCAUAAAAAAAAUAUUAAUGUUCAAUUAUUAGUAUUCUUUAACUAAAAAGUUAAAUUGUUUAAAUAAAUAUUAUUGAAUAAAUCAUUCAUAAUGUUAAUGAUAUUAGAAAGAAAUAUGACGCUAAUAAUGCAUAAUUUACUUAUAAUAAUCGGUAUUAUCAUUAUUAUUAUUAUUAUUAUUACUAUCAUCAUCAUCAUCACCAUUAUUAUUAUGAAAUUAUAAUUUUCAUUAAUAGUUAAUUAAAACAAGAUUGAAAACUGUCAACAUGCAUUUUUAAUAUUCAUUGUAGUUUAUAUGUUUUUAAAUUGGAAUGAAAAAGUUUCUAACAAAUUUUUGUAUUGUAUUCAUAAAAAAGAUAUAUAUGUGUAUUAUUAGCACAUACAUAUAGUAAAAAUAUUCAUCAGUCAACAUUAUAUCAUUCAUUUAAUAGAAUGCAUGUUAACAGAAGAAGAGAUUAAAAAGUAUCAAUAUUCUUAACUAAUGUUAAAUGUACUACACUUAAACUUUAUUAAUUUAGAAUCUAAAUUUUCAACCUGAACGUUUUAAUCACUUUACGCAUACAGUAUUUUAUAUUUUAUUACGAUUUAUCUUGUAAUAUUUACAAUAUAUGACACUUUCAAAAGAGAGUUCGAAAACAAAAAAUUAACUUUCCUUUUUUUAUUCAAUUUUUAAAAUUAUUUCAAAUUUCAAAAAAUUUAGUAAUAAUAACAAUUAUAAUAUAUCUUGAUAUGCAUAUAUAUAUAUAUAUAUAUAUAUAUAUAUAUAUAUAUAUAUAUACACGUAAAUGUGUGAAAUUUUUAUCAAAGCAUCUGAAGUUUACACUCCCGAUUAAAUCAAUCGUUAAACAAACAUAUAUCAUAUUUUUUUUUUCUAAAAGCUAUUUGUAACAUUAAACAGUGAGAAUCAAAUGUAUGAGGAAUGCGUGUAAAAAAUUUCAUGUGAGAGUUAUGUAAUAUUAGUCUGUAUACAGUUAAUAAUAAUUUAGUGGAAGUUAUGAAUAUUUACAAACAAUUUCGUUUAGAUUGCAUUUAAUCAUUUAUAUAUUUUUUACUGUAAGAUAGUAGAAAAAGUUGAUAUGAGGUGGUUUGAAUCUUUUUUCUUUUUAUAACAAAUUUUUAGAUAUCUUAUGUUUAAUAAAUACUUGUAAAAAUGUUAGAAAAUUACUUUUAUUAACCGACUAUCAUAGUUGAAUUUGCCGUAAACAAAUGUAUUGUAUAUACCUUUGGUAUAGUAAAAAUGUUAUAUUUCAUAUCAUAUAAGAUAUCCAAAAAUAUCUAGCGCAAAAUUAGACUAAAUAAAUAAAUUUAAGGAAUGUAUCUGUAUAACUAUAAAACAGGUUUUGUCAUUCAAUUGUGUUUUUGCAUUCAGUCAAAUUGUGCGCUAGAUUUUUAAAUAAUUAAUACAUAAAAAGUUAUUAAAGCUUUUAUAUGUACUUAAUAUUAUUCAUUUGUACAAUAUAUAGGCACGAAUAAUUUCCUAGUUUUUUAUAUUCAUGAAAUAAGUAGAAAACUAUAUUAUUAUAAAAUAGUUAAUUUAUUAUUACUUUUCAGUGGACAUUAGAUGAAUGAAAAUAGAAUAACAAAGAGCCAUCUGCUAACUAUAAUAUUUCUAUUUGUACAUUUAUUGAACUUUGUUAAAAAUAUAAUUCAACUUAAUACCUUUUCACCAUUUUUAGAUGAGAACAUUAAAUAGAUUUUUUUACUUAAUUCUGGGCCAACUUUACGUACAGUUGUAAGAGGUCCAGCUGCUCUUCUAAUCUGUAAAGUAUUAAAAAUAUAUUUAUGAAGUGUAAGUAAAAAUAACAGUAUUAAACUAUAA